CCUCCACCAGUGUUAGACGCGUUGGUUGUUGUGCUUGUUGAGAUGUGCUGUUUUCUCACAUUGUGUCUUUGUGACAGUAAAAUAAUUGUCUGUAAUGGAUGUUAAAGUAAUUUUUUCAGGAAAUUUGUUUGCAUCAGGAAUUUAAUGCGUGUUUGUGUUCGUUAGACAGUUAGCUUAGCUUUCUUUGCUUGCCGCUCAGAGGAGACGCGAGUUUAUGUAAUUAUUAAUCCGUAAAUUCGGUGAUUACUGUGGUGGAGAUUAAACGCGGUGUGAAGAUGAGUUUAGCGAACAGCAGAGAGCAGAGAAGCACCGCAGGGAACCGGAUGGCAAAAAUCCUGGAAGCGGAGGAAGAGGAUGAGUUUUACAAAACCACAUACGGAGGAUUUAAUGAUGAGUCUGGUGAUGAUGAGUACCAUGGUGAUCACUCGGACACUGAGGAUGAGGUGGACAGCGACUUCGAUUUGGAUGAAGGCGACGAACCGGACAGUGAACAGGAAGAGGAGACGCCGCGCAGACGGAGCCGGAUACUCACUAAAGCCUACAGAGAGCCUGUAAAGGUAAUGAAGCCCAGGGUCAAACAUCCAUCUGAGGAGCCGAAGGCUGAGAAACCAAAAGCAGAAAAACGUUCAACUCACGAGCUGCAGGAGAUUGGAGAAAUGCGGAAGUCAGUGAGGAAGUCGACUAGUGAGCACACGAGGAAGACGUUUGAGCGUCUGCAAGAGCGCCAGCAGGAGGCACCGAGACGCCGCAGAGUUCAUAGAGACAAACCACUGAGUCAGGAAGAGUUACUGAGAGAAGCUCAGCACACUGCACAGAGCAACCUGGAGUCACUGGAGAAUUAUGAGCGCCUUGAGGCUGAUAAGAAGAAGCAGGUACAAAAGAAGAGGAGGUUUGAGGGUCCAACAAUCCGUUAUCACUCCGUUCUGAUGUCUGAGCCACCAAUCAAAGAUGAGAACGUGGAUGUCGAGGGGCUGGAUCAGGACACACCCCUCUCAGCUUCCUCUUCCUGUACUGCAGCAUCGGGGGCUGGGGCUCUCUGCUCGCGUACCUUCAUCACCUUCAGUGACGAUGAUGCAUUUGAGUCUGCUUUCCCACAAAUGGCCCGUGUCAGCCCUGACCUCCCCGUUCAGGAAGUAUGUCCUGUUACCCAUAAUCCGGCUUUAUAUCGCGACCCAGUUACAGACAUCCCGUAUGCUGAUGUACGUGCUUUCCGGAUCAUUCGUGAAGCUUACCGUAAAUAUGUUGCUGCACAUGGCUUCCCUAAUGACACACACUCUGAGCCAGCAGGGGGUGCCAAAACCCUACGUCUAAAGGGACUGACUGUGUAAACACAUGAACACAAUAUGCUCACUCCAACAGGGAGCAACAAGACUGCAGUAAAAAGGACUCUUUCUCCCAUCCCCUCUCACACACACGUGCACACUACUGUUAUUGUUAUUCACACAUUAAAGAUGAUCAUAAACUUUG